UGCUCUUUUAUGUCGAACUGACUGUUGGUUGUUUACAUUUGUUUAUGGUUUAUAUUGGUAUCCGUUUUGCUUUUGAAUUACAAAUAAUUAUAAUUGAAUCUAUUCACUUAUUAAAAAAUAUUUAGUUAUUAUUAUAUCGGUAUAUUUAUACUUCUGCGUUCAGAAUUACAUAAAAUGUCCUUACCUUGGCAUAUUCCUCUUGAAUCACUUCCGACUUUAAAAGAAAAGAAGGGGCCAUUAGAAACUACCCAGCUGAAACACUACUGCAAUUUGAAUAUUCAUGAAAAUCCUUGUGAAGAACUACAAACUGGUCUUAUGUGUGAAAUUGGCAUGAAUAACCGAGAACCAGGGGUAAUACAAAGACUUAUAGCUUCGGGUAUGACUGUAGCGCGUUUGAAUUUGCGUGAUUUGGAACCAGAUUCUUGUGCGCACUUAAUCCAAAGCAUCCGACAAGCGGUGUACAAUUAUAGCGCUGAGUUAGAAUAUGUUUAUCCUUUGGCUUUAAUUGUUGAUGUUAGAGGGCCUGAUAUAGUUACUGGUGAUCUUAAAGGUGGUCCAAAAACAAUGGUUGAACUCCUUCAACAGGAAACUAUCAGGCUAACUACAGAUCCGAGUUGGCGAGAAUGUGGAACUGCCGAUUGCUUAUAUGUCGGUUAUGACCAUUUAACCGAUUUACAGCCCAGCGAUAUUCUGUUUAUAGAUAGCCUCACUUCUGGAAAAAUUAAAUUAGUCAUUUUAGCAGUUGGUGAUGACUCUAUCGAAUGUGAAAUUGCUAUUGGAGGUACGAUUGGGGCAAAAAUGCCAGUACGGUUGUCAAAAGUUCCACGAGAAAACGAUAGUGGUUACAAGAAAGGUCACGAAAAUAUCGAAUCUGCAUCAUGUGAUUCAUCACAACAACCAUUUGAAUACAUGGAAGAUCAGAUAGCCUGGGCUGUAGCUUCUGAUAUUGAUGGAGUUUUAAUUCCAAAUUCUCAAAAUGCUCAAGAUAUUCGUCAUGUACGAUCCAUUCUUUCCGAAAGAGGCAAGCAUAUGCUUGUCUUUGCAUGCAUAGAUUCCGUAAUAGGAUUGGACAAUAUUGAUGAGCUACUUACUGAAGCUGAUGGUAUAUUCAUCGACAGAUGCAUUUUAAGUACAGAUUUGCCGGUAGAGAAAAUUUUUAUAGCUCAAAAAAUUAUAGUGUCGAAAUGCAAUAACGCUGGGAAACCAUGUAUAUGCAAAACUGUCAUAAAUGAACAAAUACCGACAUUAUGCGUUACUGAUAUAGCUAAUUUGGUUUUGGAUGGUGUUGAUGUCCUGUCAUUAGAGUUACAUUAUGAUUCGCCUUUAAAAAAACUUUCGCCAUCUUACGAUGUGGUUCGAAUGGCUGAACAUUGUGUAGCAGCUGCCGCUGUUAUUUGCAGACAAGCUGAAAGAAUAUUAUGGCAACCUAAAAUCUACGGUAAUUUGGAAUUAAUGCAGAGCCCUCUCGAAGAGCCCACGAAGGCGAUUUGUGUUAGCGCAGUAGAGUUGGCUACGCGAUCUCGUUCCGCUGUCAUCAUUUGUUUAACGAAUUCGGGUCGUACUGCAAAAUUGUUAUCACAUGCUAAGCCUGUUUGUCCAAUCGUCGCAGUCACCAGAACCUGCCACACAGCUAGACAACUUCGUUUCUGGAGAGGUGUACGGGCUAUGCAUUAUUUUGAGUCCGCAAAGAGUACUUGGAAUUUAGAAAUGGAAGCGCGUAUCCACGCUGCUCUGGAUUACUGUAAAGCAAAGAGAAUAUUACGCGCAGGCGAUGCGUACGUAGUAGUAACAAGUUUACGUCGAGGAGUUGGAUACUGUGACUCUGCCCAAACUGGACUCUUAUUUCUGGAUAUUCAGAGUGUCAGACACCUGCAGCUAAAGCAGAUUGUAAAAGUAACGUUGUUUGGAAUCAGCCCAUAGAUUUACAUUACGUUAGUAAAGGAAUUCAAGG